AUGGAGAAGCAAGGUGUCCCCAUGCAGCAAUAUCCUCAAUCCCCCGACGUAACAGGGCACACCCAACCGCCUGUCUACCACCAAGACCCCGCGGCCGCGCAAUACCAGCAACAGCAGUACGCGCAGCAGCAAUACGCCCAGCCGCACCCACAGCAACCGCAGUCGCCCCCACCGCAGCAGCACGCCCAGCCGGCGUACGAGCAGCAGCAGAAAGCGUACCCGCACGACCAGCAGCAGCAACAGCCUGGUAUGCCGCCCCAGCAGCCAUCGGGCACCGUGUACCAGAACGCGACGCCGAUUGCGAAUUUGGGCCGCGGGCCUGCGCCUGCGGAUUGUCCUGCGUGUGGACAGCGCUCGAUGACGAAUGUUGCGUACGAGACGGGAAAUACGACGCAGUGA